CCUCUUCCUUGUUGGAGAAUGAUGCCAAUCGACGACCGGAAUCCAGGGCUUACUCACUUUCGGUGUCAAGUAGAUCCGGCGGUGAGGCCUCUGAGGAGAAAGGCACCUUGUCUCAUCUGCCCCUGAGCCAGCACAACAAACGUUCAUCCACAGCCACUGCGUCAGCUAGCAUAGUGAAAGAGACUUCUUUGCUACGAACUGCAAG